AUGAAAAUACAUACAAAACCCAUAUCCAGUCCUGGAACAACAGACGAUUUCCCACCGCCAUUGAUGAUGUUUCCAAGAAGCAAAAGCAAGAGAGGAAGCAGGUCACGGGCUAACCCUAUGUUUUCUCGCAAAAUCAACACUACUAACGAUCCUACCCAGGAACCCUCUUCCCCUAAGGUCACGUGCAUCGGCCAAGUCCGAGUCAGUCGCUCAAACAACAAGCAACCAACCACAACCACCGCCUUCCGCAGUUGUCGAUGGCUUCAGAAAGUCAAAUCCGGGUGGUUCCAACGCUUGUGGAGAACAAACUUAUCGUUUUUUCGAUGUGACUGUUGCAAAAAAUCAGAGAGCUUACCGGAAUCAAAACGGAUUGAAGUGAAUCAGGCAAUUGAGUACGGGAAACGCGAAAUUGAAGAUGUAAUCGGACCUGAUAAUGUAAUUUUGAUUCCAGAAUCGCCGCCGAGAAAUGCGUUUUUGUUGACGAGAUCCAGCUCUGCUCCAUACAGAUCUUCAUCUUUGGCAUACAAAUUUUGGGAAUCAACAAUCGAGAAAACAAGGAUGGAUACCGAAGAUGAUGAAACAGGGGAGAAAGUGAACGAAGGUGAAGGUAUUAAUGGAAACAGUGAAGAUGAAAGUUUCUUUAAUGGAGAUGAAGAAUUUAAAGCUGAGCCACUGAAUCUGAGCAGGUGUAAAUCUGAACCAGCCCGAAUUGGGGAUAAAUUUUUUACGAGUUUCAGUUCAUAA